AUGCCUCUGACCCAAGAUCAGAUCAACAUCAUCAAGGCCACCGUGCCGGUAGUUCAGGAACAUGGCACUGCCAUCACCACCGUCUUCUACAAGAACAUGCUUACCGAAAACCCUGAGCUAAACGACUACUUCAACACCACCAACCAAUUGAAUGGCCACCAGCAACGCGCCUUGGCCGGUGCUCUCUAUGCUUAUGCCGCCAACAUCGACAACCUCGGCGCUUUGGGCCCUGCUGUUGAGACCAUCACCAACAAGCAUGCUUCCUUGUACAUUAAGCCAGAGCACUACAAAGUCGUUGGCACUUACUUGCUCGCUGCUAUGGGCGAAGUCCUCGGUGAUGCCUUGACUCCCGAGAUCCAUGAUGCAUGGGGUGCCGCAUACUGGCAACUCGCCGAUUUGUUCAUCGCCAAGGAAGAAGAGCUCUACAAGCAGGGCGAAGGAUGGCGAGACUGGCGCAAAUUCAAGAUUGAUAAGAAAGUGCCCGAAUCCGAUGUUAUUACCUCAUUCUACUUGAAGCCCGUCGAUGGAAAGCCUCUGCCCAAUUUCCGUCCUGGACAGUAUAUCUCCGUGCGCAUGAAUGUGCCAGACCUGAAAUAUAUGCAGGCCAGACAGUAUUCGUUGAGUGACAAGCACUCACCGGAUUAUUACCGUAUCAGCGUCAAGAAGGAGUCUGGUCUUGAUCCCCGACACCCAGAGGCAAAAUACAACCCAGGCUACAUUUCGAAUAUUUUGCAUGACCUUAAGAAUGAGGGCGACAUCAUUGAGGUCUCUCAUCCUCAUGGCGAUUUCUUCCUUGUCGACGGCGAAUCGACUUCGCCGAUAGUCCUGAUCGCUGCUGGUGUUGGUCUUACGCCCCUGACCGCAAUGUUGAACACAGUGACCUCGGGCUCAACCGCCAACAAGCGCAAAGUCCACUUCGUGCACAGCGCGCGACAUGCCAAGUCUCGCGCUUUCAAGGAUUACAUCUUGUCGCUGUCAAAGCAGCACCCAACUUUGGACGUUACCUUCUUCAACACCGCACCCGCUGAAGACGAAAAGGAAGGAGAGGAUUAUCACGUCAAGGGACCUAUUACCAUUGAUUCCCUCGCCCAAGACGGAAAAUUGUAUCUUGACGAUGCCACGACGCAAUAUUAUAUCUGCGGACCGCUGGAUUUCAUGAUUUCGACGGCCAAGGCGUUGGGUGUACAAGGCGUUUCCGGGGAUAGGAUUCAUAUGGAGUUGUUUGGUACUGGCGGUGUGCCUUCUCCUUAA